AAACCAUGUCCUCCGUGGGCUUGCAAUCAAGGAUUCUCUCGAGGCAUAUCACUCGUAAAAGCGUGUUGAAUGGGCUCGUCCCUUCUCAUCAACGUCAGAGCAUGAGGGUGUUUUCUUUCUUCAGCUGGGGUGCAGGACAGCCAAAGUCUCAUCAGCCAGAGCUCUACCAAGAAAGACAAAACGGAAUUGAUGAGAGAGUCACAGAAGAAGAUUUGUAUCGAUACAGAAAACACCGAUGGCUAUUCAAUGAACAGCAUGAACUCCUCAAGCGAUACGUCAAGUUCAAUCUUCAGCAGCUUAUCAAAGUUGCUGUUGGAGUCAGCGAUGGAGCCCGCUCUUGUACCAAGAUUGUGAAAUGUUCCGAGGGGCUACACAAUAAAGCUUUCAUAUUGACCAUGGAUAACGGGAUGGAGGUAUUUGCGAAACUUCCAAAUCCUAAUGCCGGUCCUGCCCGUUAUACCACUGCAUCGGAAGUCGCCACACGUGAUCUGCUGCGCGAUGUGUACAAAAUCCCCGUUCCUCGGGUAUUGGCGUGGUCUUCUGACCCUCGGAACCCCGUCGAGGCAGAAUAUAUCAUCGAAGAAAAAGCACCCGGAGUUCGACUUGGUUCUGUCUGGCAUCAAUGGCCGAGAGAAACAAAAUUGAAGUUGAUAAUGCAGAUUGCCGACAUUGAGAAUACUUUGACCAAUAUAUCGUUUCCCAGACAUGGUUCUAUAUAUUUCAAGGACGAUCUGCGGGAAUUGGUUGGACACGCGGAGCAUAUCGACAUGGAUAAUUCCUCAGAGGACCUCCAACAUUUUUCGAUCGGGCCUCUUACUUCAGCUGAGUUAUGGAAUGGUGGUAGGGGAGAUAUGAAGCUUGAUCGGGGACCUUGGCAAAAUGCUGUUGAAUACACGCAAGCACUGGGGCGCAAUGAGAUAAGUUGGAUCGAAAAACAUGCAAAACCUCGGAUGAACUAUCAUCGCUCGAGUCAAUCUCCCGAAAACCCCGGUGAUGGUCUUGCCCUUCUCAAGCAAUACAUGGAUGUUGCACCCUAUCUUGUUCCAACAGACAAAGCCGCCUCAUCCAACAUUCUGUGGCACCCGGAUCUGCAUCUCGAUAAUGUAUUUGUUAAUCCGGAUACACACACCAUCACCCGCAUCGUAGACUGGCAAUCAGCUUGCGUGGCGCCUCUAUUUUACCAAUCCAGCGUCCCCAGAAUGUUUCGACAUACUGGACCCGUGGCAGAGGGAUGGGUUGUUCCACAACGGCCGGAAGACUUCGAAUCUCUGAGCGAUGAAGAGCAAAACAAGAUUGACGCCGAUCUGGAAAGUCAAAUCAUUCACAAAUACUACGAAGCCCAAGUCUACAAAAGGGCGCCUCUCCAUUGGGCUGUGCUACAGCAGAAAUCUAUUCCCGCCAUUCGAAAGCCCGUAUGGCUCGUGAACGGGAUUUGGGAAAGCCGGGAUUUAUUCUUUCUUCGUGAUGCACUCAUCGAGCUUGUCGCUGACUGGGAUGACAUUUUCAAUGGCCAGCCUUGUCCUAUUACAUUUACGGAAGAAGAACUUGACAUGCACGUGAAGGAAGAUGAGAAUAUGAAUGGUGUUGGACAGAUGCUUGCGCUGUUUCGAGAUCAGGGCGUACUUCCCGUUGAUGGGAUGGUCGAAGCUGAGGAUUAUGAGGUGGCCAAAGAGAACUGCAGCAAGUUCAAGGAUGUUUUUAUCAACUUGUCCAAGGAUGAAGAAGAGAGGAAUUUAUUCGAGAGGUUAUGGCCGUAUAAAGAGGACGAAUGAGGGAAGCAAAUUGCCAUUGUAAUUGGAAACCAUGAAGCCAAAUAAACGGUUACUUGAUCUGUAUACAAACAAGGGAUGGGUGCAAAUCUCCUGCAUGGGGUAACCAACGGAUAUUAUGCAAGGGACUCCACGUCUCAUGUAAUUGACUGUUGAUAUUUGUUUGAACUCAAC